CAACAAACCUUUCAAGCCAGUUCAUACUGACUUUAUUUCUUUUGUUGCUAAUACCAAAAACAAAAAAACUCAAAAAAUGCUACAAAGCAUUAUUACAUCAAGUUACUCAUCGACAUUCUUAUCAAAAAUGCCAACAACCAAUUUCUUGCAAAUUGCUAAAACUUCAAUAACAACUGGUAUCUAUGCAAUAUCUUCAACCUCUCUAAUGGAUUAUGCUUCUAUUAGAAAAAAUCUCUUAGCAACAUUCCAACAGAAUCAAAUAAAACCUCUCACUAUUUCUAAUAUCAUAAUAAUAGUUCCACUUACUACUCAACCAGAAAUCAAACUACCUACUUUAACA